AUGGCAAAACCUUUAGAUCACAUCAAAAGACCCAUGAAUGCUUUCAUGGUGUGGUCCAGAGGCCAGAGGAGGAAAAUGGCCCAGGAAAACCCAAAGAUGCACAACUCUGAAAUCAGCAAGAGGCUCGGCGCGGAGUGGAAGCUGCUGUCCGACUCCGAGAAGCGUCCGUACAUCGACGAGGCCAAGAGGCUGCGAGCUCAGCACAUGAAGGAGCAUCCGGACUACAAGUACAGACCCCGGCGUAAACCCAAGAGUCUCCUGAAGAGGGACCGCUUUGUUUACCCGUCUCUACUCGGGGACGCCUCGGAGCACUUGAAGGGGUUUUCCAUGGACUCCUUUCUGGUCCCCGGGGAUAAAACCAGAGCCUUCCUCUCUCCAGUCUCCUCCUCUUCUUCCUUCUCCUUGCUGGAGCCGGUGGCGCAGUUCAGCUCCGGAGCCGUCCAUCCGCACACGCUGCCCUACGGGACGCACACGUUUGGGUACCAGACUGGAGGGAUGAUGGGGGGUCUGGCCUGCCACGGACAGCACACCCACACUCACCCGUCACCCUCCGGCCCGGGAUACGUGGUUCCGUGUAACUGUGGUGCCUGGUCUGCUGCCAGCUUGCAGCCUCAGGUAGCCUACAUCCUCUUCCCCGGAGGGAUGCCCAAGAGCAGCAUGGACUCGUACACUUCACCCAGCUCCAGUGUGUGA